AUGACUCAGAUCUGUAACGUGAUCUGGGGAGGAAGGCUUGUACAUGGCGAAAAUGUCUCCUUCUACUUCAUCUCCUUCUACUUCAUCUUCUUCUACUUCAUCUCCUUCUACUUCAUCUUCUUCUACUUCAUCUUCUUCUACUUCAUCUCCUUCUACUUCAUCUCCUUCUACUUCAUCUCCUUCUACUUCAUCUCCUUCUACUUCAUCUUCUUCUACUUCAUCUCCUUCUACUUCAGCUCCUUCUACUUCAUCUCCUUCUACUUCAUCUUCUUCUACUUCAUUUCCUGCUACUUCAUCUUCUUCUACUUCAGCUCCUUCUACUUCAUCUCCUUCUACUUCAUCUCCUUCUACUUCAUCUUCUUCUACUUCAUCUCCUUCUACUUCAUCUCCUUCUACUUCAUCUCCUUCUACUUCAGCUCCUUCUACUUCAUCUUCUUCUACUUCAUCUCCUUCUACUUCAUCUUCUUCUACUUCAUCUCCUUCUACUUCAUCUCCUUCUACUUCAGCUCCUUCUACUUCAUCUCCUUCUACUUCAGCUCCUUCUACUUCAUCUUCUUCUACUUCAUCUUCUUCUACUUCAGCUCCUUCUACUUCAUCUCCUUCUACUUCAGCUCCUCCUUCAACCGAUCCUGCGCCUUUUGCUCCCGUCCUCCCAUCACUCAACCGAAGAUGAUCUCCUUCACGCAUCGUUUGUGCUUGAGAUUGUUUCCGAUCGACAUCUUCCUGCAUGUCUGCGAGGCGAUUUCCUUUGAUGUCAUCCUGCAGCUCAGAUGUGUCUGCAAGCAUUGGAACAAGGAAUGCGAUGCUGUGCUAUCUCAAUUCAAGAACGUUGAGCUCUCUUAUGUCUAUGACAUUGAGAUGGCGAAGAGGCUGCUUGCAAAGUGCUGCAACUUAGAAAGUCUGAAGCUCUCCAAGUGCGAUGAGGCUUGCACUCUCAUCCUAAAGGACAUAAACAAGUUCGCCUUCCGCACAUGCCUCAAGGCUCUCAGCUGCGACUCGGAGCAGAAGAGUUUGAAGAAGGUCGUGAAGUCUUGCUCGGGUCUCCAGUCUCUCGGACCCUCAUGUUCUGUGCCAGCGAAAAGCUCAAAGAAAGUUGACGAGGACGGAUCACAAGGAGAGAAGGCAAGAGAAUAUGACAAAGUAGCAGAGCAUAGACCUGAGAGGGACAACAGUCUGCGGUAUCGGCGGCAUGGUGGAGAAAAUAUCGAACAAUCUUCUGCAGCCAAAGACAAGCUGACGUUCGGUCAGGUCACAAGGAAUUGCUCUCGCUUGCAGUCCCUUACCAUCAGUCACAACCUCUGGCUGACGCAGAGAUCCAUCGAGCAUGCCUUAGGACUUCCCUUCCUCUCUCGUCUCGGAGCAGCUGUCUCAAUCCCCCGGACUCGCUUCGCACAUGGCGGGCCUCUCACAAACGAGACGAGGAACGGCAAGCUGCAGAUGGAGGAAAUCCGAGCGGUGGGAUGGUACACUACGGCAUCGACUGCCAUGGCGCUAGCUGAAGCGACGACGAACUUGACGUCCUUGGACCUGGCUGCGACGAACUUCGACGACCCUGCUGUCCGCAUGCUCAGCCAAGGAUGUUCGCGUUUGAGAGUUUUGAGGCUCAACGGCUGUAAGAAAGUCACCGAUAAAUCUGUUGUGAAACACGUGAAAGUAAUGUCCAUGCACGCAGCUCUUGUUGCUGCUGGUGAUGAUGGUGACGACGAUGACGAUGACGAUGACGAUGACGAUGACGAUGAUGAUGAUGAGUUGAAUGGAGAGUUGUCACAAGUGAGCGACACUGGACUGAAGACGCUCAUCGAAAACAAGAUGGGUGAAAGACUUUCUGUCCUCUCCUUGGCCUUCUGCAGCAAUAUCUCCGUCCCUGGGCUGCAGGCUGAGGUAGGAGCAGGAUCGACGAGCUUCGAGUCCCUUCGGGUCCUCAACUUAGCAGGCCUGACUCUCAACGUCGACAUCUUGCGACUUAUCUCCAUGUUUCCCCUCCUCACCUGGCUCAACGUCACCGACUCACACAUCCGCUCCAACUCCUCCUCCUCUUCCUCCUCCUCCUCUUCCUCCUCCUGCUUUGCCAGCCUUAAGACGAAGGGGGAAUUGAUCGAGUAUGCUGCUCGCAUCGACGACCUGCCGGCGCUCGCGAUCAGGCAGGGACGGCAGACCUGCGCGGUGUCACAAGGGAUCCCCUCCUGGUAUGCUGGCGGGGAGGCGAAGAAAGAGCUGAAGAUCCAUGCAAGGGGCUGGCAAGGGCAAGUCAACAACCCAGGAGCAACGGGGAGCAAGCGGAGAACGCCGUCGUUUAGCAUGUUGCGCACGUUACACGCCGACAGGUGCAGCGGCGUUGAGACCCUCUUCAGGCUCCUCAUCAAGGCGAUGCCGCAGCAUCUUCGGGUCCUCACUCUCUCCGGCAACGUACGCGACCCCCCCUCCCCCCAUCUCUUCCAGAGCUUCUGUUUCCCACCUGCCCCGCAGAUGAGCGGGACGGACGUGCUGGUCCUCGCGCAGGCUUGCAGAUCUCUGAAGGAGCUAUCCCUACGGUACUGCUCCAACGUGCUGCCAGGGGACGUCGAGAUGCUGGAGCGUCGAGGAAUCAAAGUCACCAUCACCGACUACUCGAGGAGAUAA